GUAACGAACAAAAAUCUCACGGAUACUCUGGAGCAUUAUCUAACCGCACACUACGACACACAUCUGGAUUCAAUGAAUCGCUUCAAUUUUGCACUACUCUCGAACGUAAGGGACUUGUUCAAUUUCAGUUUCGUCAUGUCGAAGACUGCCAGCUGGGGCUACCUGAAGAAUGGCAAAUUCGACGGCAUGAUUGGAGCGUUGGUACGCAAACAAGCGGAUAUUGGUGGCUCGCCGAUUUUCUUUCGCAUCGAACGUGCCAAAGUGAUUGAUUACACCACACGAACGUGGGUGGCCAG